AUGUCCGGCCCAGAGGAAUCUACAAGCUCGUUCUUUGUGGGCGGAAAGCCUCCGAACUAUGAGGAUGUCGAAACCAUAACUGUUGACCCAAACCCAAAGCUGCUGCUCCGAUUAGAAGUCUGGUAUUUCUCCAGUGACGGUAGAUCGCAAAAGAAGAACAAAAGAUUUGCCGAGGCAUUUAAGGAGGCCAGUCUGGAGAACUGGGAUGUGAAGGAAGUCGCCGUGAUUGAACCAGAUGGCGCUUCUAAUCGCGUGGUUGCACUCGAGUCUCGUAGUAUUGUAGCUGAUAUUGUGAUUGUCUCUUUCAAGGUUGAAUUCAAGCAUAAUGAGUAUACCGACAACGAUCCCAACGGCAGAGCUCAGAACCAUACCCGAGAGCUCUGCAGGCGUAUCAUUCCAUCUGUCGUCUUUCGGUUCUUUCUCAAUAUUCACAGCAAGCCCCAUACUAUGAGUCUGGUUGCUCGUAACGUGUCGCCUGAGCACCAGCAGAGAUAUUGUCAGCUUUUCAUUAUCAAUAAGCUGAACAUUCGUGUGGACCAACUUUUGACACCCACUGGAGUAGACGAUGCAUGUAUCGAUGAAAUUGUUGCUCGAUUAUCUACUCUACCCAAUGCCCUUUCAACGCUAUCGCAGAUUGUGGAGAUAUUUUCUAUAUACCAGCUCCUCCACGGGCAAACCGUACCCCAAUUUUCAUUCAUGCACAAGCAAGAUGCUGAUCAAGUCUUCAAUGUGCGAACAUCCGUUCUUGGGGAUAUUGAAUCCCUUGUCAGGAUCGCAGAAGAGGUACUGAGACCAUUGUACGAGGCCAACGUGGAUCAGGCAGCGGCGGAGAAGUUGGCGACGGAGUUCCAAGUCGACUUUGCAGAUGUAAUGGGCAAUCUAGGGGAAGUAAAAAGCAACUUAUGUUUUACUCCUCAGCAAUUGUAUGAAACUGGCCUGAAUCUCCGCACAGCAAAUACCAUGCUCUCAAGAGCAAGAGACUUUCUAGGGCCGCAUCUAGAGCGUCAAGUCGAGCGAUAUGAGAACGAUAUGCGAUUACCUAAAAAUAUUCGAUUUGGAAGUGUAAUAGCUGGUGCAAGUACUGGAGGAGCCAUUCUUCUUGGUGGUUUGGCUUCAAAUCCUUUGACUUUGACGAUCGCUGUGUUUUUGUACGCGGCUGUAGCAGCGCAGAGCAAUAUUGGGGCGAUUUCGAAGAAGAGUGAAGCAAUCAAAACAUUUUUACGAGAUUUAAAAGACAUGGCGGAUGUGUUUGACGAGGCCCGGAGGUCUGUGGCCGUGGCAGUUUGUCAGGACGUUUUUAACAUAGGGCUCGAUGAUUUGGGACAGCACGAGCGAGCGGCAAUUCUGAACAGCUUUGGUAUUGAUGUUAGUGCAUUGAGGCACGAAGAGUAUCGCCAGAGUCUUGUUGAGAGCAGUAUUGAGAAGCUGAUGACUUAUUAUAAAGAGAUGGGAACAGAUUUUGAGCACAUGGUUAGGGUGUGUGGGCAUGAACUAAAUGAUGCAAAGGUGCCACUGUAA